AUGCCAACUACUGUGUAUACCUCUCUUUCUGGAGAGACGAUAGAUAAUUGUGGUGACGUUGCAGUGCUAGACGAAGCGGUCGACCAAACGAUCGAGUAUCUGGUCACCUCUAUGAAUGAGAUUGAGGCACGUCGUCUGGAGCAUGGAGAACCGGAGCGUAGAAAGUUCACUAAAUAUGUUGCUCGUUCGACAACGUUUUUCGGUCACAUGUUGGAGUCCAUGGAGAAACGGGACCAGGUGCAGUCUCGCAUUGGUGACAACAACAACGCCACGAGCUACAAUCCCGUUGAAAACGGUGACUACAAUUACACCAACAACACCAGCCACUACUUCCGCCCAGAUGUCAAUGGUAUUCCUGACGCCAAUGACUAUCAGUUCAACAGUCAUUCUCCCAGCAAAACCAGCGCGUAUAACAAAACCGACGCCAACAAUACCAACACCAGCAACAUCGUCGUCAGCAGCACCCUUCCCAACAGCAUCCUCCCAUACAACACUGCCUCCACCCCCUCUGCCAAUGACAUGACAAUCGAUGGCAAGGUCACGACGGUUUCUCCUGUUACAACACAUCAACCCCAACCCCCAAUUAUCCCCUUAUACCCUAUUGUCGAUGCCUUCAUCACCUACGGCUUGCGUGACAUUCCCUUGCUCCCGGAUAACCGUGUGCGCUUUUACCUGAGCCCUCCCUUUAGUACUCGUAUCACUCGUUUGGAUUACGGCACGUAUGAGCAUCACAACUUCAAGAUGCCUGUUAAGGACUACCAUCACACGUUACUUUUUACGAUGGAUGGCCAAUGCCAUCUGGAAAUCCAUAUCAUAUUUCCAAACAUGAAGGAGCUUGGUGUGGAAAUGGACUCUGAUGCCUCCGUACUUGACUCGUUUCACCAGGCCAAGUUCGCGAACGAACUUUUUCUUCCCGCUGUAAAGGUGUCCAAAGAUCGCGUCCCCUCAGCAUACAACCGCUGUGGUAGUUCAUACGAACAAUCAGCUGCUCGUGGUGUCCACAAUGCCUUGUCUCUUACUUUAUGGACGGAGGAGCUUUCCGAUAUCGUUGACAUCAUGCGUGAUAUGGUUCGGGAAAAGCAAUCUUUGGCGAUGUUCCGUCAUUUCCGGUUUGUCCUUUCCGCGUUUGGGUUUAAGGCUCCUCUGCGUAGAUUCAGUCAUACGGCAAUUCUCAGUAAUAUGAUUGACAGGAAUCAGUUGGCUGCCGUCCAAACUAGGGUGGACAUUGGGUUGAACAUUUUUGCGGUCUCUGAUGAUGAUAACCAUAUGAGCCUUGGCCGUUUCGGUGGCAUGUCAGGCAAGAACCCUGCUCCAGCCAUUAAUGAAGCCUGGAAGAUGAUUAUGUACAAUGAUGUCAAGAUCCGGUUCACCAGAGCCAGGCAAGGCUUCAACGGUUACGUCGGUGAGGAUUGGUCCCCGCCAAAGUCUCGGGCAACCAUCAACCAUGCAACUGGCCAUUGGAGACAAGGGCUGAACUUUUACGAACGUUGCCUGCAUGAGCAUCAGGAAACUCAGUUCACCUCUCGUUUAGGAGUUCGUGUGAGUGCGGCGGAUGUGUGCGACAUACUCGUUCGCAAAUUAAUGGAUGGGCUGCACCGCCUUCAAUCGAACGGUGCGUUUAUCCAUUUCUUUGUCGACGAGUAUCUCGCCUAUGUCCGCGAGUUGCUGAAUGUCACCUCGGAGAUGAUGGUCUCGUUAAGCCGGGAUGUGCAAUUACCUGCUGUGUCUGGCUUUGCGUUCUGCGUUUUUCUGUUGAACAGCCUCAUGCAUCCGGCCGAUAAGGGAUCUACUUGUUGCAACAACUUUGUCAAGACUCAUCGCUGUAAAAAAAACUACCUGUUUUUUAUGAGUUACCAUUUCGUGUUUGAUCUUAACGAGUGGCGUUUCAUCGAUGCUUUUGAUUCGACCAGAAUGGCGGAUAUGUUUCCCGGUUUGUCUUUUGUCAGAACUUUGGUGGUAGAUGGUGACCGUUUAGUCAACGAAAUAGACCGUAUGGCUGCCGCUAAUGAAAUUAAUCCGGAAAAUGUGCACUUGGCUCAUGACGUGGCACUUAACAACACGGUAAGCUACACCGUUUCUCUGGGUCCCUUGACCUUCGCUCCUUGUCUGCGCUUUUCCAAAACCCCACUUAGCAGGCAUCGUGUUCCUGGAACUUGGUUGACCAACCAAGCUAUCCCAAUGUUUGACGUUGGCAAUGCUGACACCGUCAGAUACGCUGAAAAAACCCGUCAAAUAUUUCAUCGUUUUGGUCUUGGGCCCGAAUCCGCUGUCCGUUUCCUGGAAGUCUUUUUUGAGGAGUAUUUUUCUAUGGUUGGAGGUGGCCACACCGGGUGCAACAUCGAAAAUCUUUCGUUCGGUGGUGACCAAUCCAUGUUCGACCCUGAACUUCGGGAUGCGCUGGAUCUCACGCACCGUGAACGGGCCUGGGUUCAAUCUUUGGUGACGGAUGAUCGUAUGGAUAGAUCAUGGAAAGCAUUUGGUUCCCGCUCUGUUUUCUUGGAGCUUUUUCUGCAUGCUGAUAUCAGUUCGAGGUCUCUCAAACACUUACAUUGUAUCCUUCUGGCGGCAUCGGUGUAUAUUCUCGAAUAUGUGCCCAUGUCGUGUCCUACUAAGAUGUUUAGGCGUACAUCUUCAACAACUAUUGCGACGCGAAAAGUAUCUUGGUUCUUAGAACCAAUGGGUGACGUUUCCCGGGAGAUGUUCCAGUUUCUUCAAGACUAUGCCUAUGAUCACAAGUUUGAGGACCCAAGUUUUCCUCGUGUCUAUCGUCGGGUCACUGAAAUUCAUGGUAGUCGUGUUGGUGGUAGAACCAUUCCCCGUGUCCGCGCGCGAAAUCAUAGACGAAAUGGCCGUUUGAUUUAA